AGAAAGGCCUUAUUAUUUCCCUUUUGUUUUUUUACUUGUUCAGUGGGUUCUAAGAACACUACAUAUAUUCAUUAAACCCCUCGACAAAGUUUGAAAUUAGCAACCAGCCCCUUUCUAUAAUGGGGCGAUCACUAUAAAAUGACGGGUCUUGUUAUCUCCCACAAAUCUCGUCUAAAGUAGUCAUGCGGCCCGGUUCGGAAUCGGCCCGCUCCCCACAGCCGAGUAAAGGCGGCCCGCCGAUGCGCCCUCGCCGCCGGCAGAACCUCACCCUCCCCCUUCCUCUCCCUCUCCCCGUCCCACAGCGCGAGCCCUCCUCUCUGGCCGUCCCCCUCCCCCUGCCCCCGCCCUCAGUCUCCUCCCCUGUCCCUGCCCUGACAGAUCUAGAGCGCAUCAGCCGCGUCGGCAGCGGCGCAGGCGGUACCGUCUGGCUCACCCGCCACCGCACCACCGGCCGUCUCUACGCCCUCAAGGUCAUCCACGGCCACCACGACGAAGAGGUCCGCCGCCAGAUGCGCCGCGAGAUCCAGAUCCUCCGCGCCGCCGACAGCCCCUCCGUUGUGCGCUGCCACGGCUUCUAUGACUGCGGCGGCGAGAUCUAUAUUCUUCUCGAGUAUAUGGACGGCGGAUCCCUCGAGGGCCGCCGCUUUUCCUCCGAGGCCCAGCUGGCCGACGUCGCGCGGCAGGUACUCUCGGGUCUCGCGUACCUCCACCGCUGCCGGAUCGUGCACCGCGACAUCAAGCCGUCGAACCUACUCGUCAACGCCCGCGGCGAGGUCAAGAUCGCCGACUUCGGAGUGGGGCGGAUCCUAGCCAAGACGAUGGAUCCCUGCAAAUCCGCUGUGGGAACGAUCGCCUACAUGAGCCCCGAGCGGAUCAACACCGACCUCAACGAGGGCUCCUACGACGGCCGCGCCGGCGACAUCUGGAGCUUCGGAGUGAGCAUCCUCGAGUUCUACCUUGGUCGAUUUCCCUUCGGGGACCGACUGGGGAGGCAGGGUGAUUGGGCCAGCCUCAUGAUGGCGAUCUGCUACGCGGCGCUACCCGAGGCACCAUCCACCGCCUCUCCGGAGUUCCGUAACUUCAUCGGUUCGUGCCUACAGAGGGAGCCUGGUCGGAGGCUCACGGCGGAGCAUCUCCUCCGCCACCCCUUCCUCGCCCAGGCGGCGCCGCUGAUCCCCGACCUAUCGUCCCUGAGACUUGGUCAGCAAGAAUAAGACGCUUUUCCAUUUUUUCACAAAUCACCCUCGUAUUAUAACAAUUCGAAGUGACCAUUCGCUACCCUCAUAUUUCUCCAUUUACUUCUUGAUUCUUUACUGUAAACACCCUGAAUUUGCACAAAUCCAAGGCGCGGCGGAGUAUUAAAGCUUCUAAAAGCAAUUUUCUAUUUCAAUUUUUUCCCUUUUUCACAUAAAUUUUGUAUUAAAUUUGAUGUUAGGUUUAGUAGCUUAAACAACUUAUGAAUAA